GUGCCGUGCAGAAAGGCUCCGAGUGCCGGUCCCUGGUGCUGUGGGAGGACGGCGCAGCUCCUUGCCCAGCGCGGUGCAUCGCGGCUCCGUCGCGGUGCCGUAACGCAGUCGUUUGUCCCGCAGCCAACAGACAGACGGACAUCGGUGACAUCAGCCACCACCUGGACACCAUGCAGAUCGGUGACAUUUUCAGCCACCAGACGACACCCGCCACCACUUCACUGCCCUCCCCGGUGCCGGCGGGUUGGUCGUGUCCCAAAUGCACCUUCAUCAACAAACCCACGCGGCCGGGCUGUGAGAUGUGCAGCACCGAUCGUCCGCCCGACUACGUGAUCCCCGGCGGCUACGAACCGGACGAGAUGGAGCUGUGGAGGAUGCAGCAGGAGCAGGAGGGGAUGCUGCAGUACCAGCAGACUCUGGAGGCGGAACGGCUGCAGAACUUCCAGCAGCUGCUGCAGUUGGAGCAGGAGGUGUUGGUGCCCAACCAGGAGGGGAUGGAGUGCCGAAUCUGCUACCAACACGUCCCCCCAGGGCAGGGGGUGCUGCUGCGGGAAUGUCUGCACAACUUCUGCCGGGACUGCCUGCGCCAGGUGAUCAACUACAGCGAGGAGCCGGCGGUGUCGUGUCCGUACCGCGAUGAUUCCUACGCCUGCAGCAGCCACCUCCAGGAGCGCGAGAUCCGCGCGCUGGUGUCACCAGAGGAGUACCGGCUCUUCCUGGAGCGCAGUUUGGUGCUGGCCGAGCGCCGCACGCAGAACAGCUUCCACUGCAAGACCCCGGACUGCCGCGGCUGGUGCAUCUACGAGGAUUCGGUCAACGAGUUCCGCUGCCCCAUCUGCCAGGCCCUCAACUGCCUCCUAUGCAAGGUAAGUCACAAGAUCACAGAACUGUAG